AUGCCUAAAUUAAAUGGAGUAUGUGAUAAGUCUUUUAUUCUUCAAAUAGCUUUAAUUAUUCCAUUUGUUUUAAUUUGUCUUCCAUCAUCCAUUUCACGAAGAAGUGAUUUUGGUGAUAAUGUACCAAGUAUUGUUGAUCUUAUUCCAUCUAUUGGAUUUUUAAUUGUUAUUUCUUUCUUAAGAGAAGUAUUAGCUUGUAAUGUUUUUAUUAAAUUAGGUGAUAAAUAUAUUCCAAGAAAACCAGAAUGGACUGAUGAAUUUAGAAAAUUUAGAGUUGAAAGAUUUGGAUUAACACUCUUUAAAACAAUGUAUUAUUUCAUUAUUACUCCACUUGGAAUUUAUUUAUUUAGACAUGAAGAUUGGAUGCCUUCUGCUUUAUUUGGUGUUGGAAAAUCUGAUUUAAAUGCUUUAUGGGAAGAUUUCCCUAUUUCACAACCAGUAAAAUAUAUGGCAUUAUAUUAUUGUUUUGAAUUAGGUUAUCAUCUUCAUUCUUUAAUGUUUCAUCUUUAUUUACCUGCAAGAAAUGAUUUUUAUGAAACAUUAUUACAUCAUCUUGUUACAGUCUUUUUAGUUGUUUUAAGUUAUAUCAAUAAUUGUGCUAGAAUUGGUGUUCUUGUUAUGGUUCUUCAUGAUAUUGUUGAUGCUAUAAUGUAUACUGCAAAAUCUUUAAAUGAUAUUUCUAAUGAUUAUGUUGUAAUUCCUGCUUUUUCUAUGUUAGUCAUUGCUUAUGCUCGUUUUAGACUUUGGGUUUUCCCAAGAUAUGUUAUUAGCGCUGCUUAUAAUGCUAAAAAUUUCAUUCCAGAAACUGCUACUUGUGGUUAUUUGGUUUGGUGUAUGUUUUUAGUUUUAUUAGUAUCAUUAUAUGGUCUUCAUAUUUAUUGGUUUGCUUUAAUCAUUGAUAUGAUUAAGAAACUAGUAACUAAUCAAGGUAUUGUUGAUCCACAUGCUACAAAAAAGGCUGUUGGACAAGAAAAUUAA